AUGUUGGCAAAAUAUGCAUCAGAUGGACCUCCUGCUAUCAUUAAAAAACCAAUGGAAAAGAAGACCCGAGAAAUUCAGCAGAGAGAGGAGUACUCACGUCCACUUCCUGGGAGUAGUCAGCGGCGAAAAACCAGUCACCAGUCCCAACCAGUGAUACAGCAGUUGAUGGAGUUGGGUGAAGUCAUUUACAGAAUACCUUUUUGGCCAGAAAAUUCGGUACCGUGUGGCUUCUAUAAUGGUUUACAAAAUUGA